CGAGUCAAUUUACGAAGAAAGACGACCCUUAUGGUCACCAUCAAAACCACUAAAAAACAUCAUCAGAUCCUCCGACAUCCGAGUGGAUUCUCGUUGUGGACACAUGCAGCUAUCUCACAACUGACAGUUUGAAACGGAGUCAUUUUGAUCAAGCACUUUUUCGAUUUUACAAAAAAGAAGUUCUGUAGCCUAGCCUACUUUAAAGUGUGUUUCCUCAAGUUUCAACUAGUUCCUGCAUAUCGAGGAUUUGGGCUUCUUGAGAAGAGCCAGAAGUGGCCUUUCUGCGUAUCGAUCCGUUCAGUAUCUUUAUACUUAUUAUUUACAAUUAAAUCUACGCAAAUUUGGUCGUUCAUGAUCACAAAUGUUAGCUGUUGGGCAGAUGGAUGCUAACCGGCAGAGUGCUUUCGUCCUCGGCAGUACACCGCUGGCAGCAUUGCACAACAUGACCGAGAUGAAGACGUCUCUAUUCCCUUACACUCUGCAGAAUCCUACGGGAUUCAAGGCGCCUUGCCUCACUCAUUUGAACUCACAGAUUCCCCUUGGGACUCCACAUGGAAUUAGUGAUAUCUUGGGGAGACCUAUCACCACUGCUGGACAGUUGCUCUCGGGCUUUCCCCGGAUAAAUGGACUGGCCACAACUGCAGGAAUGUACUUCAACCCAGCAGCGGUUUCUCGGUACCCGAAGCCCCUAACAGAGCUCCCGGGCAGAGCACCCAUAUUUUGGCCCGGGGUGAUGCAGAGCUCGCCUUGGAGAGAUCCUCGGGUUUCCUGUCCGUCUCAAGCUAGUAUGAUGCUCGACAAGGACGGCAAGAAAAAACACUCAAGGCCCACAUUUUCAGGACAGCAAAUCUUUGCUUUGGAGAAAACAUUCGAACAGACGAAAUACCUUGCCGGCCCAGAGAGAGCCCGUCUUGCUUACUCUUUAGGAAUGACUGAGAGUCAAGUCAAGGUAUGGUUUCAAAACAGAAGAACCAAAUGGCGAAAGAGACACGCUGCAGAAAUGGCAACUGCAAAAAAGAAACAUGACUCAGAGACAGAGAAGAUGAAGGAAAGUUCGGAUAAUGAGGACGAUGAUGAAUACAACAAACCUCUGGACCCAAAUUCAGACGACGAAAAAAUUACGAGACUUCUGAAAAAGCACAAGGCUACCAACCUUUCCCUGAUCAGCCCUUGCAGUAACAGCUCCGACACGUUGUGAUGACUUUGACAACCUGUCAAGCAGAGACUCAAAACACUCCACGAUGCUUCUAAAGCUAAUUUAACCAGGGUAUAAAUUGUUCGAAAGGAGAGAAAGGGUUCUGAUGGUUGGAUUGAAUGAUUUGUGUUGUACAGACGAAAAUGUAAGUGAGAUGUAUAUAUUUUUUACUGAGUAAGUUAUGUUAUUAAACCUAUGUAAACAAGACAUGGCAAACUUUUCCCGCAGUUCUGAAACGCGUAUACCCUCUAAAUAGCCUAUACAGCUUAAUUUUGGCAGAAUAAUGUCGCCCAACUCUCCAUACUAUAUCUUUGUAAAUUCAGUACAGGAACAAAAUGUAUAAAUGCAAAUGUUGUAAAUUAUGUAAAUGCUUGUUUUAAUGAUAUCAAUCCACACUUUUUUAUCGUUUGAAGGACUUUGUGUUUACCUCAUCCAACUGAAAGAGGAAACUGGACCACCGUUUAUGUUGAAAUAAGAGAGUAUUAUUGCUUCCGCGAAGGU